AUGGCCGGAGCUCUUGUACCACAAUCCUUAACUGAUGGUGUUUAUUUUAUUUCAAUGCUUGAUGGCACUAAUUUUUCUGAUUGGAAAGAUUCAGUUCAAUUUACCUUGGGGUAUAUGGACCUUGAUUAUGCACUCCGUGUGGAGCAACCACCUGUUGCCACGGAUAUGGAUGCACAGGAAGUUAUUAAAAAUUGCCAAUGGUGGGAGCGAUCGAAUCGCCUAAGUCUAAUGCUCAUAAAAUCUCGCAUGAGUAAGAGCAUUAGAGGUUCUAUUGGUGAUUGCACUACAAUUAAGGAAUUAAUGCAGGCAAUUGAGGAACAGUUUGUUCACUCUGACAAGGUUUUAGCUAGUACUCUUAUCAGACAAUUCACUACUAAAGUCUUUGACAGUUCUAAGGGUAUGCAUGCAUACAUUACAGAAAUGAGAGACAUGAUUUCUCAACUUAAGGGCUUAAAGAUAGAGAUAUCUGAGCCAUUCUUGGUCCAUUUCAUCCUUGACUCACUGUCAUCUGAGUGUGGACUUUUCAAGAUCUCUUAUAACAUACAUAAGGAAAACUGGUCAGUUACGGAUCUUCUGACCAUGUGUGUGCAAGAAGAGGAAAUGAUGAAGCAUAAUCGACCUGAAAGUGUAAAUAUGGUCGUGAAUGAUAAAGUUAAGACCGAGAAGGGCUAA